GCUUUCUCUAUAGCUCUCCUCCCUCUAUAUAUAGAAUGAUCAAUUCUACAAACAAUUCACAACUCUAAAGGAUAACUACUCACCGCAGAAAUAUAUUGCUGCUGCUCAGAUCAGCCAUCACCAAAUUUUUUCUCUCAAAAUGCAUUAUCUUCGACAUAAACACAAAGCACACAAAGACGACCAUCAUUCUCUUGUUCCAAGGUUGGGGAGUUCAGAAUCAAGCCAUCAUUCAACGCUAGAAAAUUUUGCUAAUUAUGUUGCAAGGCAGAUUGGAUUCACAGAUGGGAGUGAAUGUCCAGAACUAAGCAAACUGGCAUAUGAGUAUUUGAAGCAAGGGAAAGUUUGUGAAGAGAAGAUAUAUGAAUAUUUUAUUUCUCAGCCAGAAGCUGAUUUGCUGUAUGGAAAACUAUUGGAAGAAUUUGACAGAUGCAUUUUAUCCUAUUUUGCAUAUCACUGGUCUCAGGCUUCUGACAUGAUCACUCAGGUGUUAAGCGUUGACUCUGAGCAGAAGAAGCUCAAGAACAUGGUAAUGGCAGCUACAAGGAAGAAGAGAUUCGAGAAGGUAACAAAGGAUCUGAAAGUGACAAGAGCAAUAUCUCUUUUAGUGGAGGAAAUGAAGGCCAUUGGGUCAUCAAACGGGCCAGAAGAUUCAACUGGGCUCAUGGUACCCGUGGCUCACAAUGAAAGAAGUCCUGUGCUCCUUUUCAUGGGUGGUGGUAUGGGAGCUGGAAAGAGCACUGUCCUCAAAGACCUCCUCAAUGAUUCAUUUUGGUCUGGAGCUGGAACAAAUGCAGUAGUAGUGGAAGCGGAUGCGUUUAAGGAGAGGGAUGUGAUCUAUAGAGCUAUUAGCUCCAGGGGACAUCAUCAGGAUAUGCUUCAAACUGCUGAACUGGUGCAUCAAACAUCGACAGAUGCUGCAUCAUCACUCCUAGUCACAGCACUGAAUGAAGGGAGGGAUGUGAUCAUGGAUGGUACAUUUUCAUGGGAGCCCUUUGUCCAACAGACAAUUGUCAUGGCACGUGACAUUCAUAAGCAUCGCUAUCGCAUGGGAGUUGGCUAUAUUGUCCAAGAUGAUGGGACUGUUAUUGAGAACUACUGGGAAAAAAUAGAUGAAAACGAAGAAGGUUAUGAAAAAAUAGGCAAACGAAGGCCUUAUAGAAUAGAGCUUGUGGGAGUUGUUUGUGAUGCUUAUUUGGCUGUUGUUAGAGGUAUCAGGAGGGCUGUAGCAACUGGAAGGGCAGUGAGGGUGAAUUCACAGUUGAAAUCUCACAAGAGAUUUGCUAAUGCAUUUCCAAAUUAUUGCCAACUUGUCGAUCAUGCCAGGCUCUACUGCACCAAUGGCAUUGGUGCUCCACCUACUUUAAUAGGGUACAAAGAUGGAUUGAGCAAGUUGUUAGUGGAUCCAGAUGAAAUCAGAUGUCUGAAAAUGGUAAGCAAGUUGAACGAUGAAGCGGAUUCCAUCGAGGAACUUUAUGCAGCAGCAGCUGGUGAACAUGAUGGUGAAGAAUUGAUAGUGGGGAUUGGAUCACAAGUAUGGAAAGACAUAGUUCUGUUGCCUGACAGACCCAAAAUUCAACAGGAACUGAUCGUGGCUAUUCGAAAAAUUGAAACUUCAGCUGCAUCCUCAUCAUAAUUAGUAUUUCCGGAGCUUGAAAGAUACUACUACUUGUAGCUAUCAACCUCUUAAUAAUUUACACUAUGUGCAUUGAUGAUGUUUCAUAUUUUUCUCUAUGGUUACAUUAGCUUAUGCUGCCAUAGGUUUCUUGAUUAACAAUAAGCACUUUUUUCCUUCUA